AUGGCGGCUUUGAAUCAUCUGGCGCCGUUCAACCGUAUCUAUGGACGAGGUGGUCGUGACUACCAAAAUGUUCCGCUAGGUGAUGUCAAUGCCGACCAAGACAGUAGGCAUCCAUCAGCGGCCGGACUUGGAUUUUUCAAUAUCGACUACGAACAUUCCACCCGGAGACCUGUGUCGCCGCGAUCACCAGAGAGCGCUCGCCACUUCAGUCAAAGUACAACACAACAGAACACCCCAGGUCUAAGUGCUGGCUUCCCGUCACCCGACUGGGUUUCAUCACACAGAACUUCUUACAAUGGUACGCAAGGGUCGCAAUACAGUCUACUGAGUCCGGAUCGCCACCAACAUGUCGACUGUCCUACCUCUGGAGAUAUCCUCGUCAAGCCUUGGUCGGGCAUCACCAUAUUCGUGCUCUUCCUCUCAGUCUAUACCUUCUGCUUCAGCGGAGUUUUUCUGGGCAUCGCGCUUGCCAAACCAAGAUGGGGUCGACGCAUCGGCGCUGACGGCCUGUCAUAUUCUACAGCUACCUUGCUGAGUGCACUGUUCUCCAAGACGGUGGAGCUGUCCUUCGUGGCAGUUCUGGUCGCAACAAUUGGUCAAAUUCUCAGCCGUCGAGCGAUUGCCAAGAAACCAAUAAAUCGAACGGGCAUCAGCAUCGCAGAAAUGACCAUGCGCUCCUGGAUUCUGCAGCCGGGUCUCAUUUUUACUCACGGUAGUGCUCUCAAGUAUGCUGGCCCCACAUUGAUAGGUGCUUUGGUCCUGGUAGCAACGUUUGCCGCCACAUUUUAUACCACCGCUGCCGAGGCAUUGACCUCGCCGAAGCUGAAAUUCGGCCCUUGGGAAAAGAGAGUCAUGUAUGGCAUGGUCGACACGGUAUUUGCCAAUGCUACAUUCUUGACUGAGGCCUGUGAGACCCCAAUUCAGGGUGAUGCGGAUGCAGGGGGGACUUGCCUACAGAUUGACUACGCAGGCCAGGCAUAUCACAACUUCCAGUCCUAUCUGGCCAAUUGGACCGCAGCGAGGGACGCAGGCGACAGCGACAGCAGAGUGGAAAUUCAUUCAAGACCCAAGCCCGUCUCUUUGGUCUGGGACAACACCACAUGUGUUGGCCAAUGGAUAACUCCAAGUGGUGAGAACGUUACCAAUGAUUCGGCUAAUGGACGUCUCGUGCAGAACGUCACCGUUGCCAUGCCACACGCCAACCUCAUUCGUGCAGCGCGACAUCCCGACAACAAGAUUGCACAGCCAGAGGAGCUGGCCGGUCAAGGGGAGUAUUAUGUCAUUGGAUCUAUCCCAGCUCCUGCGAUCAAUGUUCUUUGCGUCGGCAUGUCCACUGAAGAGGUCGAGCCCCUUAUAUACGAUCCAAACAACACCGUCCCUCAUUCUGCUAGCUCAACAGUGGUGGACGACAUCUUCGGCUUCGGUGACUUCUUCAACGAUGGAGCAGCCCCGGCUCCACUUUUCCCGCAUUUGCCUAUUGUAUACAAUACCGUCAACAACAACUCUCUUGAAUGGGGUCCUGCAGCAGUCUAUCUACUGGGCACUCCGCCUGACGAUCUCAACACUUCGGAUCAUAUCUUGUGUUCUAUAAAGGUGAUGCAGUAUCCGCACUGUACGACAAAGUAUCACGCAGCCGAAUCCGGCGGAGAGCUUACCGUUCAUUGCGACGAUGAUCCGGAGAACACUCGACCGUAUUCUGAAACGAUUCGCGAUGCACCUUCCGGCAUCUGGGAUUCCAACUGGGAGGACAUCGGCUCCGAAUGGCUGAAAGCCAACGCACUCAGCCACGGAAUAUCUGACGGCAAUGCAUCGAUUGCGAGGAUAAUCACGCAGAUGACCCCACGCCACAAUGGAGAUCAAACAGUGCUAAAUCCAGAUCUGCCUUCUAUCGGGGAAGCCUUGGCUGUACUGGCUGGUUCCACCGCCAUAAUGUCAUCUUUCCACGCACCUUUCAAUCAUACUGACCGCCCGGCAGGACCUCCCUCGCAAGAGACCUUUCCUGCAUCUGUCAGAUAUAAGGAUUACGCUUCUGGCGGCAGUGAAGAUUGGCAGGGCAUAUUUUACGUUAUUCUUUUCGUUGUUUUCUUGAUCAACCUAUUUGCCUUGGUCUACUUGUUCAUACAUCUGUGCACAGAUGGUCAGGUGACAGACUACACGGAGCCGCAAAACCUCUUCGCGCUAGCUGUGAUGAGCCCGCCAUCUCAGAGCUUGUCCGGUAGCUGUGGAGCUGGACCGACAGGGACGGCAUACGGAAAGCGAUGGCGUGUGGACAUGCAGAGUAGUGGGAUGAGUCACACCGCCCAACAUCCUCAUUUCUACAUGAGGUGCACCGAAGACGUGAGAGAUGAGGGAGAAGGCACCGGAACCGACUACAUGCAGACGAGCACGAACGUUCGGCGACACUGGAAACGAAAGAGUCGAGUGAAGAGCAUGCAUGAUAUGGAUGGUAACUCAGGAGCGAUGAGCCCUGCGAUCGAGCAAUAUCGCAGGCUUGCUGGGUAA